AAUCAUUCUCAGAAAGAACACUAUCCAUGAUUAUAGUCUAUAUAAUUAUACACAUGGAUAAGAUCCUAUAAAUUCAACUUUAAUCAACUCAAUGAAGGCUGCUACUUUUAGUGUGCUGAUUACAUUGCUCCCUCUACUGACAGCUCAGGGAGUGGACUUGACCUUGCAAAGAGAAGCAUCUGGGUCCGAUGUUGUCAGAGCAGCAGUGAAUAGAAUCCAAACUGUGCUUGAUUUUGAUCGACAACUUCUCAGGCGAAUUGCUUUUGUUGAAUCGAGAGAUGGAAUUGACACGGAUACGUAUCGACCUGGCUACAAUGGAGGCAUAUGGCAGGUGGAUGAAGAUAAGUUUUUAACCACUCAAGCAAAUAGUGCACUGAAUGAUGAGAGACAUGACGCCAUAAGAGAGGCGUUUGACAUUGAUUGGCCAAGUGUACAGUGGAGGGAUUUGCGGAUUCCCCUCUAUUCGGGAAUAGCAGCGAGACUGUUUCUUUUAAUUUCUGAUACGGAACCUAUUCCGUGUGAUAUACCAGGACAGGCUGCUUACUACAACCGAGUCUACUGUGGCUUGACAUGUAACGAAACAGAGCAGCACUUUAUCGAGAAUGUUAACAUAAUCUCGGCAAACAGAAACUUUAAUAGCGACAUUGUGAUGGUCUUGGAUGAAUCUGGCAAUAUUGGGAAGACCAACUUUAACCUGGUGAAACAAUUUGCUGCACAGUAUGUGGGUAGUUUGCAAAUCGGACCGAAUGACAAUCGAGUAGGUGUGAUCACAUUUGGCAGUCAUGCCCGGGAGCAAUUUAGUCUAGACACCCACAGCAACGCUACAUCCUUGAGAAAUGCUGUAACAGAUCUUCCUCAUGCUGGGGGAAACAUCAACAUACAAGAUGCUCUCUGA